AUGCCAAAUGGCUACAGGGCUGUAAUGCCAUUUAUGGCUGCACCCGAAGAAGGAACCCCAGGUUUGACUGUGGACGAGCCCCAGACCGGCGAGGAUGGAGAGAUCAUCGGAGGACCUCGCACUCCUCAGCAAAUCGCGGCCCAGAAGAGACUGCAACAAACCAGGGCGCAAGUCGAUGAGGUCGUGGAUAUAAUGAAAACAAACGUCGAAAAAGUGCUUGACAGGGAUGCAAAAUUAUCGGAAUUAGACGACAGAGCAGAUGCCUUACAACAAGGAGCAUCACAGUUUGAGCAGCAAGCGAAGAGUCUAAAGAACAAAUUCUGGCUACAAAAUCUAAAAAUGAUGAUAAUAAUGGGUGUGAUUGGAAUCGUCAUUAUAGGGCUACUGUUUGUUCGUUAUCGCGGCACGUCGACCAUCAGUGGUGUGGCUGCACCCAUGGUCACCAAUAGUACCCUCCCCGCUAUUUCCAACCAUUUCCCAGUUGCGUCCUCGUCUGGAGAGGAACAUGAGGUUCACCUGUUCCUGCACGGGUGA